AUGUUGAAGCUGUGCAUCGCUUGUAGUUCGAAGGUAAAUGAGAUUAUUUUAUGUAAAGCCAAAGGUAAAAUAGAAAUGUUCUUGAGGUUUAGCCUUCAGAGAGAUUUUGGGAAGUUUUACGAUUCAUGGGUUUUACAUAACAGCUUCGGUUCGAACGGCGCUCGUAACUAACGUGACCAAGUGAUGUAGGGUUCUCGCGGCUGAGUUUGGCCAACAGUUUUAUAAAAUUUAUUUUUCAUCAUCGAUCUCUGUGAUGAAAUUAUCUGGCUCACAAACAGAGUAUGUUUUGAUGUCCUUUGGACAGUGUGAAGUGUAGUAGUCGGUAACAACAGUGUUACGAGAUAAGCAAAACAUAACGCAAUCGUAGUAACACCGGUUGUCUCCCGAUAGUUAAAGUACAGCAAAUAACUUUUAUUUUUCUCUGUUAAUUACAAACCAGUUUAAAUUUAGAGACACCGUUUUUUGGUGUGACUGUUGCACAAACUUUGGUAUAAACAAACUGAAUAGUUACAACGCAGUUACAUGCAGAGGGUGAAUUCUGAACCUCUAUCCCGCCCAUGUCAGAUGUAGCGACUAGGAAAACCGCCAUUUCGCAAGGCUAAAAAACGGCAAAACGACAAACAAGUCCACAUUACAGUACCUUUGCACAAUACGCUUUCAGCUAUAACUUAACCGGAUCAGAACGGUUUUAAUUUUUCAAGAAAAUUAAGAUACAUUUGUCGGCAUAAUCAUGAGCGCACCAAGAUUCACUGACUCAGUAUUUGUUUGUUUCAAAUUGUUUUCAGUUUCUUGAAACAUCACGGUGUUUUUAGCCUGAAUAUCAGACAUUACUUCGAGUCGCUUACCUGGAGUAGUGACUCGAAGUAAUGUCUGAAAUUCAUGUUUUUGAAAGCUUAGGAAAUAUCAUCAUUAACAAAAAACCUAAAAAAAGCCCAUUAAUUAAGCGUCGAUCUUCUGUAUACGUUUGCAAAAAUCUAGGGGCGCGAAAGAUCGUCUGAGUAAAUUAACAUCUCAGUCUUCCGUUUUCACUUUACUCAUACGGUCAAAUAUUAAAAGUUUGCUUGUACGGUGCCGCCUCGUUAGAGAAGAAUUGAACGCCUAACACCGUUAAUAGUACAAAUCAGCUUCAAUUGCUCUUACACAUCUUUGAUUCCAAAGCCGUUGUCAAAUCAGACUAUUUCGUUUUGGCUUCUGCGACAGCACCAGUUGAAAGUAGGGCAAGUCGGUAGUCGAGGCGCGGUGGUUAGUGUCCAGACGGCCUUGGAACCCGUCAGCCUCGAAAUAAGCACGGCACAGAAACGGUUUACCUCUCCGUGUUUUAUCAAAGUUGUCACGACUGUACUUACGCUUUUAUCAACAACUCAAAUAGACCUUGUCACGGUUUUCGACGCCAUCUUGGCCAGGAGGCAAACCCGUGAGAAAUUACAGUGUUUUUAUGAGAAUCUAAUGUCAAAUAAUUUCCGUAAAACUGCUUUUUUAAAAAAUAUAUGAACUGUAAACUAAAGCUUCGCCCUUAAGGAUUCUACUGAAAAAAUUUGAGGGCGUUACAUGCGCCAGAAGACCUAGCACCUUUUCUAAAAAUUUUCUUUACAUUUGUCUGUAAAAAAAAAAUUGCACACAAAUAUAUGGAAAAUGUAAAGCAAGCUUCUGGAGAAAUUUAAGCACAGUAACGGCCCCCAAAAUUUGUCGGUAAAAUCGUUUGCUGUGUAGCUUUAGUUUACAGUUCAUAUUUUUUCCAGAACAGUCGUUUUACGGAAAUUGUUCGACAUUAAAAUCUCAUACAAACACUGUAAUUUCUCACACGUUUGCCUACUCGUCAAGAUGGUGUCGAAAACCGUGACGAGGUCUAUGUACACAGAACAUUAACAGAAGCAAACAGGAUUAUAAUGAAAAUUGGCAGGAUGCAGUGCUUUUCCGGUUUUUCAUCUAAGUGUUUGAAAUUAAAUAAAGAUCGAAUAUAUGAAGUGAAUCAGGUUACAGAUGUAAACGUUUGUCUGUUGCGUUUGGUAAAUUGGUUUUGUGGAUCAGACAGAAAAAUAAGAUAAAGUAUUCGAUAUUCAGCUUUUAAUUUUGUACCUUAAUUUUUCGUAUGGUCAAUUUUGGCGGUCAAUUGAAUUUUCUGAACUGGAAGGUAUUUACAUUUAUAACUAAAUCAAACCACAAUCGCUUUCAUUUUUGUAAACUGCACCUAAACGAACAUAAAAUGUUUGACCAUAAAAUUGAUAGUUGAAACACAUUAACAAUCGCCUUUAUUUUUGCAAGCUGUACCUAAACAAACAUAAAAUGCUUCAACAUUAAUUGAAAGUAAAACCAAGGUGAGUCUGCAUGAAAGUUUAAGACACACCAGUCUAAUUGCUUUGUAGGUGACUGUAUGUUUUCUGUAAUUUGUAAGAAUUAUUGUAAUAUCAAGCAGCUGUGAUUAUCGUCAAAACUUUGAACGAGAGUUAAAGAGCUAAGCAGUUGUUCAAAACAGUAUUAAAUCGCCUCAAUCUUUGGCCCAUGAAAUUUGGGUUUUUACUUGUUCAGGUUUAAGCUAUUGUGUCCCUUAAAAGGGCCGUUCGAUUUACUCUUACAUUAUGCUGAUUAUGACAUUGUUCUGUUUUACUUCUGAAUAUUGCAUUAUAGAUUGCUGUACAGGGUUGUUACAAAAGCUUUGUGCAGUUCAAAUCUGGAGUUGUUUGGGAGUAGGGACAUCAACUGAAUAAUUGUGAUAUUAUAAAUGUUGAAGAGCCUGCUCAAUUUUUAGUAAGAUACAUCAACUUCAAACAUAACGCGAACUGAUUUAUUUAAAUUAGGAAUCAAGAUGAUGGUGUAUUUAAUUUGCUGUAACUGAGGGAAAAACCGAGGCAUCGAAAAUUGAAUUGAGACCCAUACAUUGGCUAUUGCAGAUUCAACUUUUGUGGCCUAUCGGGCCACAAGCUUAAAAUGCUCAUCACGCUGUUUUUCUUUCCUUUUGCACCUCAUCUAUAGGUCGCUGCCUCAAGUCGCACCUGCUCCUGUGGUCACGUGUUUUCACCGGAGACCCGCAGGAUUGGCGGGAAACGAUUCUCUGGUAAAUCGUUUUACUGACAGUCAUCAUACUAUACACAAAAAAACUAUUCUUGUCUUUUAUAUUGGCAAAGUUUAAGUUAAAUUCGAUCAUAACUUCAACGCUCAAUAAAUGAUUAAAAGUUAAACGACCGAAAUCAUUAAGACGCUUUGAUUUGAAUUUAAAUCGAAGAUUCAUUCAGUCAAUCAGUGAAAGUCUUCAGUGAAGCUUUGAUUCCACUUUAAAACUUUUAUUUCUUGUUUCAUUGAUAUCUCAUUGGGCAAAACCUGACUCAAAGAGGAGGAUUUUCGAUCCAUGUCUUUACCAUGUUGACAAGAAUGCUUUUUGAAAUGAUAACUAUUGUGCUAACGGUUUUGUUCCUAGUGUUGUCGCCACUAUCCAUAAUAUGUAAGUCCAGAAUUACAUUUCUAUUGAAUGAAACCCCAAUGAGGAUUCGCCUCAUUUGCUAGCUGCUUUGCCGCCAGACUUUCUGGUGAUUUUUGAAAGAAAGAACAGGGUACUCCUUAUCUACAUUAUAUAAUUUUUCAAAACAAAUUCUGUCUCGAAUCCCGUUGAUUAGUCCCGACAUUUUUUCGGGUAAAUUUACAAUUAUAUUGCUUAAAUUGCCAUUGCGAUCAUAUCUUCAAGUGCACGUGUAUUUUCCCAGCUCAUGUCAUCUUCAUUCCAUAUGUCUCAUUCCUUACACGGGUUGAGAUGAACUCAACAAACUGGCCAGCUGCCAAUGUAUUUUUUUAUAUUAGGUAGAUUUAUCGAUAAUCACAUUUGGUAAUCAAGCUGCCAAUGUAUUGGUCUUGAUCAUAGCUCAGUUGGUAGAGCACUGCAGCUGUCAAACGCAGAGGCCAGAUGUUUGAAUCCCGUUGAAGCCCCGAAAUUUUUUUCCGGUUAAUUCGCAAUUGCUUACAUUGUUAUUACAACUGUGACGAUCAUAUAAAUUCAUUUGAAGUCUGUCUUGUUGUCCAGGAUACCGACUGGGGACAGCACGGAGGCAAUCAUCUGGUAAUCUUCAUGAAAGACAGCAAAACGGAUGCGUGAAGGCCGACCAUACAGCCAAGAAGGUGAGAUGCUCUUGGAAAGGCUUUAAAUGGGAGCUUGAUAAAAUCUUUGAUACGCCUGAUUGGAAAAACGUUGUUGCUUGAAGAGUAUAAAACUUGAAAAGUAGAUAUAUGGGUAGACGUUUAUUAGCAUUGCAAGUUCAAAGUUCUUUUCAGAAUAGCUUACACUAUUAGCCAAGGGGGUGUCUCGCAGCUCUGUAUUUGUUUACCUCUAACCAAUUGCAACACCCACAAAAUGUCAUGCAGGCGCGAGUCACACCGGCUUGAGUUCACCCCGGUUGUUGUACCGAAGGGAAAUUUCGCAACGGUAUCGCGUAAACGCGAAACAACCACUCGUUUUAGUGUGAAGUCGAUCUGCCGGUAGACUGGAACGGACAGCGCAUGCCUAAUAUGUCGAUAUGAAGUGCACCUUCAUAUAAACGCAAUAUAAAAUGACCCAGUCAUCAUGUAAACGCGAUACGAAAUCAAGAAGUCAUCCCGGCAUGAAACUCGAGCCGGUGCGAGGUUUCUUAUGUAAACACCCCGUCAGCGCUGAUGCGUAGAGCGUAGCCACAUCUCCAACGCACACUUGAAAAUAAUAAUAAAAAAACUGUUUUGGAAGAGUUAAAAAGAAAACGGCAUGCCUGAAGCAAAGUCAUACUCCAGGGGUUUGCAUCCGCACGUGAAGCUCUUAAUAACGAAAGCUCUUCUUGAAAGAACUUUGAACUUGCUUUGCUAAUAAAUGAAUACUUAUGAAUUCUUUAAGCUGCAUCGUUCGUGGUUCAUACUGGGCAGCACUCGGUUUUGGUUUUAGUUUCACGCAAUGAAUAGAAAACCGUACUAUUUUUUAGGUGAGAAUAGUUUGUACUUGAAAACAAGGAGAAAAGUAGGACAUUAAAAUAUGCGACAAAACCGAUAUUUAGGGAUUUUUUUUAGAAAUUUCUCAUCGUUUAGUCUCUCCCUUUUAGACUUGUUUUGCAAUAACAAUCUCUUGCCGGUAUUAUCUUUUUCUUACCUGGAUGAUCAGUCAAACCCUUGCGAAUUGCGUGUUUGAUUUAUAUUUCUGGCUACUCCAGCAACAAUAAAACUGAAUUGAAAUGAAUUGAAGUAAGCAUGGUGUAAUCAACAAAACCUCUGAUUUAAUGCGAUCAACUUAUCCCUUACCGUCCAUUUUAAUCGCUUUUACUUCACAGUCGCAAAAGCCAAUACUAAAUCAAAACCUAAAGAGUCCUAAAGCAAACCAAGAGAAAUCAAGGGUUACGCUUCACAAAUCCUGCAAGCGAAAAGUACCGCACAUGUCGAGUGAAAACCAAAGUAAAGGUAAAGUGAGAAAGCUUGACAACAUCAUGGAUGUGUUCUUUUCCCCGGAGAAACGCUUGAAACUAUCGCUUGCACUCAAUGAGAUCAACAGAAGAUUAGCAGGGCAGAUUCUCAUCUGGAAAAUGCUUCCUUGUGAAACAGGAUAA